UUUUCAUACGAAUGGAAGAUCAAUAUAUGAAAAUUGUGGAAGAGGAAUUGGAGCUUGCCAAAAGAAGGAUAGAUGCCAGAAUGAAGAGUAGCUGUCCGAAAGAUGCGAGCAUGAUGAAGGUGGAGUUUAGGAACAGGAUUGUUCGAAUGAUCUUGACCGGAGAGGAGAUCAAAGGAGAAGGAGAAGUUCCUAUUGAGGUUGCUCUUGUUGAUGAUGUGACAGGAGAUGUUGUAGUUGAUGAACCAGAGGCCACUGCGAAAGUCGAAUUCUAUCUUCUCAAUGUUUGUGGAGCUGAAGAAUUGAUAGUCCCUCAAGGGGAAGGUAAACUGCCUAUUCUUGCAGGUAAUGUACCUCUGCAGCUACACAGAGGAGUUGCUAAAAUCAACAACCUCAAGAUCAGAAACUACGCCACCAAGAUUAAGCCACCGGUUUUCAAGCUAGGCGCGAGGGUUGUUGGUGCUUCUGUUCGUGUCAAGGAAGCCAAGACAGAGGCCUUCACCCUCAAAGAUUUUCGCAUCAAAUAUUUCAAGAAGCACAAGAAUCCAUCUCUAUCUGAUGAAGUAUCGCGAUUGGUGUUUAUUCGCAGAGGUGGUAAGAUCAACGGACGCCUUCAAGACAACAAUAUCCACACCGUGGAGGAUUUUCUGAUUCGACUUCUCAUAGAUCCACAAAGCCUCAAGAGUAUUGUGAAGACCCAAGCAAAGAAGUGGAAGGCCAUUGUCAACAAUGCUCAAGCCUGCCUAGUCAGCGAAAGGGUGUACUGUUACAUAGACCCGAAGCAGAAGACAGGUGUAGUCUUCAACAUUCUAGGAGGCGUGCAAGGAUUAUGUUCGGGCAGCCACUACUACUCUCAGACAAGCACGCUGUCUGAAAAACAUAAGGUUGAUGCUGAGAAACUGUUAGCCUCUGCUUACCAAAACUGGAACGAGGUGAAGGCCUUCGAUGAUCAGAAUUCUCUCCAGCAGCAUUUAGAUGAGAGAACUGAAAUGGUGGGGGAAGAUGUUGGAUCCAUGGAUGAUGAAAUAGACGUUGUGUAUGAUGCUGCGAUGCAAAGCCCUCACGACUGGCCCUGGAGUCCGAGCCUCUUUGAAGGCUUGAGGAGCGAGUCUAAUGGUGAUGAGCCUCGGAUGGUUGUUGGUAGUGGCAAUUCACCAAGAAUGUGGAGAAAAGUGGUGUGUGUAUCCAAAUGGUUGUCUCUGAGGAGAAGAGUGGCCUUGUUGCAUCUCACCCCGACUCCAAAGAAGCAGAGGAUCGUUUAACGACACGUUUUGUAUAUACGAGGCUCGCUAUGUUCAGUGGUUUUUGAGCCUUGUACUGAGCUGCCCGGUGAAAACUUGUGAGCAGGACGAGUAACAUUUAAACACCA